CUGGACGAGUGGUGGUUGUAUUUAGGUUCUUUGAUGUUCACGAUCUCAGAUGAUCUAUUUUGACAGAUUUGACUCGUCAUAUUGGAACUCAUUCACUUAUUCAGUCUUCCCACAAGAUCAAGACAAUAAACUCCCAGCUCAUUUUCAAGAUACCCGAGCAUCUCACGAUACGCAACUCACUCCGGGGUAAAAUCACGCAUCACCACACCAUCUCCAGCUCACCAAUUCUCACUACCAGCCAUCGCAACAUACAAACAACAACAAGCACAUAUCCCCAAUACCCCCCGUCAUAAACGCCUCCACAAUGACAGUCUCAAGCCCCCAAACACCCCUCUCCUUCCGCCCCGCCACACCCUCCGACGUCCCUAUCCUCCUACCCCUAAUCCGCUCCGCCUACCGCGGCGAAUUCUCCCGCAAAGGCUGGACGACGGAAGCGGACCUGGUAGCGGACCAACGCAUCGACGAGCAUGGUCUCUUAGCCAAAAUCGCGGAGCCCGAGGGGGCGGUUCUCAUCGUCACGGACUCCUCCUCCUCCUCCUCCGACACAAACGGCGUUGACAAGCCCACCACCCCGCUAGCAUGCUGCGAAAUCGUACGCAGUAAACAGAACCCUCAAGUGGCGUACUUCGGUCUGUUUGCCGUCUCGCCUGAGCGGCAGGCCGGCGGUGUGGGGAGAAAGGUGUUGGAGUUUGCGGAGGGGUAUGCGAAGCAGGAGUGGGGUGUGAGCAGGAUGGAGAUGUGUGUACUUUGGAUGAGGGCGGAACUGAUUGCGUGGUAUGAGAGGAGGGGGUAUGUGAAGACCGGGGAGAGGAGGGAGUUUCCCUAUAAGGAGAUGGUGGGGGGCGUUGCGUUGAGGGAUGAUUUGUGGUUUGAGGUUUUGGAGAAGGGGUUGUGAGUGUCUUGUGAUGGUGUGAUCAUGAGUGAGAGUUGGGAGAGCUUAUGUUGUGAUGAUGUGUGAGUUAUGAGGAGUUGGAUGGUGUUGGGAUAGAGGCACCGAGCUUGGUUCAUGAAACCUUAUAGAUGGCGAGAGCGAGAUUAAGCUUCCAUUAAGAACUGUCAACCCUCACCUACGUCCUAGAACGAAGAGAAAUUAUAGACAUAUCAAAUUCGCCUCGCUUCCAUGCACCACAA